AUGAAAAGAAAUAAAGUGGCUGGUUUUAUUGGCGAUCACUAUUCAUCUACAACUAUUCCCAUAGCACAGUUACUUGGGGUGUAUGGAUAUUCACAGGUGAGUGAUACUAUAUGUCCUCCUUUAUGUCAUAUUGUUAGGGAAUAGUACACUAUAUGCCAAUGACUGUUCCCAUUUUUUUUUGCAUUAUCUCCUUUAUUCCACAAUUUCUGAUGAAAAUCAUGUAAGCAAACCCAUUAAUAUUUCAAAUCAGGCUCAUUGUUAAUGCUCAAGGAUUGGUUUGUGGAUUUAAGAUAUUAAUUUUCAAUAUAGAGAUGUACCAAGGACUGAAUAUUAAAUAUUAGUAUCUGCUAAUUUUACUUUAUAUGCUAUAUAGUUAGCUAAUAAAAAGGUAGUGACAUUCAUUAUCUCUUUUUCUAGUAAACAAAACCUUGAAUUAAUUUCAGAACCCUCCAUUCCUCUUUACAUUUUUAUGAAUCUGUCUCAGAGUAGUAUUUCGUUUACCCAUAUCCUACUUUAACAUAAUCUAUUUGUUAUCCAUCUAUUCAAGGUGUGUCCUUCAGACAUUCUCAUAUACACAUCACAAGUAAUGCAGUGGCCCUUGAUGGACGUUAGUGUAGAUGCUGACUGUGGUCACCUCAAAUCAUUUUAUAGCAUAUUUACUCAACACCAUUAAGACAUCGCUAAUCACCCUGCAUUAAUUGCAUACACGUGUAAUACUACUAAUAGUAUUUCCAGCUAGCACAGUAACAUAUUCCAGCAUUGUUGGAGAAUUCCCAAAUAAGCUAGUUUCUUUUAUUGCUUUAUAUUUCUGGUAUCCCUGGAUCUUGGUAGGUUUUUUCCCAAACCUUUUAUUAAAUUUUGGACAAAAUAGAGCAAGCAUUGUGCGUUCUGAUCUAAAAGAACACAUUUUCAAGAACAAUAAAGGAGAAUAGUGGCACAAGUGUUAGCAGAACUGCUCCAUCUCGUCACCAUUCAAGUUAAGUUGGGUUUUGUCUAUAGAUUACUUGAAAGGGAAUACCAAUAAUAUAAAUUGUAGGUAUCAAAAUAUCAAACAUAAUUAUGCCAAUAUAGAAACAUUAUGCUCAUUAUGUUGGGAUGGUACAACCCAGUGCUGUUUGAACAUAUAGGCUAAUUUUGCUUGGCAGAGCAUCAGAGGUCAGUUUAUCAGAGUAAAUCUGGCAGCUGCCAUUUGGAUAUUUUGGGGCUUUACAGAAAUAUUACCAAAUACGGUUGCAAGAAAAAGUGCGUGAACCCUUUGGAAUGAUAUGGAUUUCUGCACAAAUUGGUCAUAAAAUGUGAUCUGAUCAUCAUCCAAGUCACAACAAUAGACAAUCACAGUCUGCUUAAACUGAUAACACACAAAGAAUGAAAUGUUGCCAUGUUUUUAUUGAACACACCAUGUAAACAUUCACAGUGCAGGUGGAAAACGUAUGUGAACCCUUGGAUUUAAUAACUGGUUGAACCUCCUUUGGCAGCAAUAACUUCAACCAAACGUUUCCUGUAGUUGCAGAUCAAAUGAAACAACUCUUAACUACCCCUCAAAAAGUAAAGGGAAAAACGUACUCUUCCUGCAGUGUUGAGGAAAGCCAAAUUAUUAUCUCUGCACCAACACCCUUCCAACACCAGGCAGUGGAUGGAGCUGGUGCUUCUCUUAUUGAGAGGAGAAUCAGAAAUCAGCCUCCUUGGACAUGAUGGAUGCAGCUUUCUACUAUCAAUAGCCCCAGCUAAAUUUGCAGUGUUUGGGGUCAAAUUGCGCAUCUGGUGUUUGCCGUUGCUUUUUUCUUUCCCUUCAAUUUUUGUAGGGUAGUAUAGAGAUGUUUCAUUUGGGAUUUCUCAGUUUAUAAUUUUUAUUUUUGGCUUUGGUUGAGCAAGUUUUUUUAUCUGGCACCACUGGAACAAGUAGCUCACCCACUGUUACUGUUACCAUAAUCAACAUCACCAGUACUACCACCAUCAACAGUUCCAUUAGCAUUAUGCAACCAAGUACUAGUGUGCAGGCUAGUAUUGUUGUGGCAGCUUCCACCUCCACUAGUGCCAAUCUGCCUGCAUCUUCAAUAGACACAUCAUAAAGGGAUGAGGGUAUUGUAUUACACCAAACAAAGCAAUGUUUAGGAUCACUUUAAAUGCCUACUAGAAGACUGACUUGCAAAGUGCAAAUUGUGAGGCGCAGAAGAGGGUGAGUGAAUGGCCAUCGCACUAUAGCCGGCGUGAAGUAAUACCUGCAAAGACACCACAAGUCUAUAUUACUGAGGGAGGGAACAGGUCUAGAAAGUAUUAGGGAAGGAUGCAGCUCCAUUGGUGCCAUUUCAGAUUCUGUGCUACCACAAACUCCUGCCACAAACUCAACAUCCUGUGCUACUACCAUCACCACCAAAGGCAAAGCAGGGAGGAUGGUGAGCGUAGACUGCUUGUAUGUAAUGUAAAUAUUGCAUAAGUGUUGUAGUGUAGUUCGCUGGGUUUGAAUUUUUCAAAUAAAUGUUUAGUAUAGUGGAUGAAGCUUGCUAUGUAUCCUGAUUGUUCAAAUUUGCAGUUUGCCAUUAGUCUAAGCAAUAUUGUAGACAUUUUUUUGCAUGUCAGCACAAUCAUAGUCCUCUUUUUUGCUGUUAUUCUGACCUUUUCAAAUUUAGUUUGAUAUUAAAAUUUGUCCAAACUAAACAAAGGGAACAAGUUUAUUAAAGGCAAAUUUUCCUUUCACAACGAAAGUACUUUUUAAAAUGUACACUUUAUUUUGUUCUUUUCUAGAUCAGCUAUGGAGCUACAGACUACAGUCUAAGUAAUAAGCAUCUUUAUCCACAUUUUUUCAGAAUGCAUAAUAGUGACCUCAUCUAUCACAAGAUUAUUUUCCAGAUUUUGAAAUACUUUGGCUGGACCUGGGUUGGAAUUCUGGCAUCAAAUGAUAUUGAGGCAGAGACAGAGACGCAGGCUGUAAUAAAGUAUUUAACUAGCAAUGGCAUCUGUGUGGCUUUCAGUGUAAAAUUUGGUUUUACUUUGCACUCAAAUAGAGAUGAAGAAUUAAGAAAGAUAAACAUUAUUCAAACAUCAUCGGCACAAAUUAUCAUACUUUGCGGAUCAUUCAAUAUUGAUGUUUUAAAAGUGCUAUUCUAUUCAGCAAAUGUAUUCUAUGGAAAGACAUUAAUUCUGACUCCUUCCUGGGCCUCAAACACGUACCAAACAGGUCAUUAUUUUGAAGCAUUAAAUAGUUCAUUGGUCAUAGACCUUUACUCUUUAAUGGUACCUCAAUAUGAUAGGGUUAGUGUUUUGCAUCCUGAAGAUUAUAAAAAUAACAUAUUGCUACAAGAUGUAAUGGCAGCAGAAUAUUCAUGUUUGUCACCAGAUGAAUCAAGAAACAAUUUCUAUAAAUAUGCUUAUAAAAAACCCUUUUUUAACUGUUCGCCUGCUUACAUCAAUCUUGCUGAAUAUGCACAUCGGGGGGUUUAUCCUCGAGUGUAUUUUGCAUUGCAGGCCAUGCUUUAUGCCUUACAUCAAAUGGAUUCAUAUUUAAAAAGAAAAUUCAAGGGCAUAGACAUCAAAACUUAUAAUUAUAAAAAUAAGGUGAGUAUAUAAUGUAAUCAGUUUAUUCUAUAACAUGUAUAUACUGUAUAUACUGUAUUUACAUGCAUACACUGAUCAGUCACAGCAUUAAAACCACUGACAAGUGAAUUAAAAGCUUGAUCAUGUUAAGGGGUGGGAUAUAUUGGGCAGCAAGUGAAAAAUCAGUUUUGAAUUUCAUGUGUUGGAAGCAGGAAAAAUGAGCUAGUGAAAAGAUUUGAGUGAAUAUGCCAAGGGCAAAAAUAGUGAUGGCUAGACGAUUGGGUCAGAGCAUCUCCAAAAUGGCAAGUCUGGUGGGGUGUUCCUGUUAUGCAGUGGUUAGUACCUACCAAAAGUGGUGCAAGGAAGAACAGCUUGGUUUGAUAUUAAUGUCUUGGUGACAAAUACCAUAGGACACUUUCAGAGAUCUUGUGGAGUCCAUGACUUGACGCAUAAUUGCUGUUUUGAUAUUAUGCAGAUUGUUUUAAUGUUGUGGCUGAUCAGCGUUUAUAUGUUGGUACAGGUUAUACAUAUUUAUCCAUAUUGUAUUCAGGUCUAGGCCUGAAAUUUACACUUAGGCAAUACUGGAUAAUAUUAUUAUUUAUUUUUUUAACAAGUAUUUUCUCUUCUUCUUCACAGCUGUUUAGCUAUAUAAAAAAUAUAGUAAUUAGGGCUGGCAAUCUGAACCUGACGUUUGAUGAAAAUGGAGAAAUCAGCUAUACUUACAUAAUUGAUAACUGGAUAAGGCUUCCUAAUUGGAGAAUAAAUGUAAAAAGAGUGGGCAAUUAUACAGAAACAUCACCAGAGGGUAAAAAAGUUUUCAUUAACCCAAAACAAAUAACAUGGAAAACCAAAAACCAACUGGUGAGAGAAGCUGAGAAUGUAUUUUACUAAAAACAUGACCUGUUUGAAUGUAAUAUUCAUUGCUGAAUUCAUGUUGUCGUAAAUUACAAUUACCGAUGGCCAGUCUGGGCCUCGGCACAUUGUUUUGUAUCAAAACGUUGCCUUUCUGUGAUGACUGAUUAAAACAUAAUUAGACUACAUUUUUUGCUGUCUGCUGCUUCCAUUUUUAUUUAUUGCAUAUUGCUCCUAUGAAAGAAGGACUUUGACUGCAGCACAGACAGCCAAGAUUAGCCUAUACAUUGGAUGCUAAAUACACAGUUCAUUAGUUUCCAAUGUAAAGAUAGUUAGGAAGGCCAUGGAACAAAUACCUUUAAACUGAAAAAGUAUACUUACCAUCAGAAGCCUGAUGGUAUCUUCUUCUCUUCAUCCUUAAAAGACCAUCUAUAUAUCACUACACAACCAUUAAAAAUAAUAAAAACAACAUCUGAUUUGGAAACAAUCUUAUGAACAAAUAAAAAAAUGUGACACAACCAAAAAAUAGAUCAAUCUUUGACCUGCAAGGUGUCCACACAGAAUGAACUUUAUGGUGGGAAAAGUCUUUAUAAAGGCUUUCCCGCACUUUGAAUUCUCAUGAGAGUACUCUGAUUGGUUGUCGUGUAAGCCAAUACAUUAGAGCACUCUGAUAGGCAAGUCUCAGCUUUCUCAGGAAUUGCCUGGGAAUAUAGUUUUGAACACUUAGGAGAUAUGAACUCAUGUGCAGGUUGGGGUAUAAGGGAGUUUUUUAAUAUCCCUUAUAGUAAUAUGGAGGUCACAUUUACCUCUACUGGCUUAUUUAUUUAUUACAUUUUAAUGUGACAUCUGGCUAAUGGGCAAAUUGUACUUGAAAUUAACAUAUUUUUUUAAAAAUCAAGUGAAUGGUAAUUUGUGAAUGUACAUCUCCUGCCAAAUGCAUUUAUUUUGUUCCAAAUGCUAUACUCAGUAUAGGUUCAGAUGCAAAAAGCACUGAUUUUAAUUUGGACUCCAAAGGUGUUUGUUGCAGAAUUGCUUGGACCAUCUGAAUUCUGACUGAAAUUGGACAGCAUACAUGUUGAAGCUACCUUCAACAUGGAUGCUGUCCAGGAAGUAGGAGGGUCUGGGAGGGAGGGUCUGCCGGAGAUUGGCCGGGAUGUGUCAGCUGACCGGAGUUCGCCGCGAACGGUUCGUGGCGAACCGUAGCGAACCGUUCGCGAGAAGUUCGCGGACGGUUCGUGACAUCUCUAUUGGUAGGUUUUCCUUAACAUUCUUUAAAUUUAAAUGAGCAAUUUUCCAAAGAUUGUCGGCCCCUGAUCUUCCUUUUACAAAUCCAGAUGGUCAUUACUUAAUAAGUCUGGAAUGACUUUACUCAAUCUAUUGGCUAAGAUUUUAGAUUAUUAUAGUAUUUUUACGUCUAAGUUUAUAAGGGAUAUUGGACGAUAGUUUGUAAUAAAAUUUGUAUCUUUCAUUGGUUUAGGAAUAGGUGUUAUUAUAGCACUUAGUAACUCUGAAGAAAUUGUCUUUGUGACAUUAAGUUUACUGAACCAUCUGUAUAGUAGAAGGGAUAUAAGAGGUUCAAAUGUUUUGUAAAAAGAGGCAGUAAAGCCAUCUUGACCUGGCGCUUUUCCAUUAGUUACAUUUUUUAUAACUGUCUUGAUUUCUUCACUUGAUAUAUCCUUAUUUAAUUCUGCUAAUUUAUCUGAGUUAAUUAAAGGAAGAGUAAUAUUAAAGAAUAAAUUGAAUACUUCUUUAGUAACUUUGUUUUCUAUAAUUAAGUAUAUUUGAUUGAGAUAAUGUGACUAUCUUAACUGACGCUACUGUGGGGAAAAAAUCGGUGUUACAUUAAAGACAGACCAGCUAAGAUUUACAAGAGUUCACCAAGCAGAAAAAAGAGAGAAGUAAACUCAAUUAAACUACAUAGAAAUAUAUCCAAACACUCCAAUAACAAUACACCCAAAGUUAAAAAAAAAAGCGAAUAAAAGCAAAUAGGAAUGCUUAUUGCCACUUGAGUAUUAUUGUUGAUGUCAGUACCUGGAGCAACAAAUUACCAGACUAGAAGAAGGACAUGUUUAACUAGAUACUGGUGUUAUAUUUGUCAACCAUUCCUUCUCUCUGUUGCAUUGAACAUAUUCUUGUUUUCUUUAUGGUAUUUUCUUUUGGACUGAACGCUCAUAUGAUCAAUAUUCCCCUAUUGUUGGUAUUAUUAUUAUGCAAUUAUCUGAUGUUUAUAUCUCUAUUGUAAAAAAUAUAAAUAACAAUUUGAGAAAAAAUAUCUAUAUUUUUGUAUCUGAUCUAGAAUAAACCUAUGCAAUAAUAAUAUGGUUUUGUGUAGGUUCCAAAGUCUCAGUGCUCAGAUAACUGUCUCCCAGGAUAUAGGAAAAUGCAGAAGAGUGGAGUCCACACUUGUUGUUAUGAAUGUUCCCAUUGCCCAGAAGGAGAAAUAUCCAAUAUAUCUGGUAUGACAUAUCCAACAAUAUGUAUAUAGAAUACCGUCAUAAAAAAGUCAAUAGGUUGAGGAACAAUUAUAAGGAAGCUAAUAAUCAAAAGAGAUAUAAUCUUUAUUAUUUUAUCUAGAACCUAGGAGUCUGCAGCAUAGGGCAAGAAAAGUGUCCCAACCCCAAUAUGUGUCUUAAUUUAAUUUUAAGAGUGUCUGCAGUGUCAAUAUUACUGUUGUUCACAAUAGGUCAGUCUAAUAUUGAUAGAAAAUAGAAGCAGGAUGGGGUCACUGCCAGAUAAUAGCCCAUGAAUGAAAAAAAGUAAAGUAUUAAUAUAUAGGAAUAAGCAGAUCUAUACAUUAUGAAAUACUAGAAUAUUUGUUUUUUAAUCACUCAGAGCUUAUAUCCUCUGUUGCUUCAUGUCAUCUACUACCUCCUCAAUGUUAAAUCUGUUUAGUUUAGAAAUACAGUGCUUUAUAUGAUAUAUGCUACCAAAUAUAUUCAGGGCCAAUACAAACAAUUUUCUAGAGAUCUAUUCAUACAUAGGACUCAAUGUCAUGCAUUUAGAGUAGAAGAAAGGACAUUUAGUCAAGGGUAUAAAAAGACAGAUAAACACACACACAGACAGACAAAUAGAUAGAUAGUUAGAUAGAUAGACAGAUUCUGAAAAUGUUUGUAGGAUCAUCUGCUUUUAGCUGUAAAAAAACUGGAUAUAACAAAUCCCUGCCUGAGACCUACUUUUUUUGUUAUUCUCUUUAAUAAUGGAUAUAAAUAAUAAAAACAAAUUGUUUUGUCUUUUUUUUUCAGACAGUGAAAAUUGCAUAAAAUGUCGAGACAUUGAAUGGCCCAACGAGAAUAAGACCCAGUGUAUUCCCAAACUAGUGGAAUUUCUAUCAUAUACUAAUGACAUAAUUGUUGCUGUUUUCUUGUGUGUCUUUGUUUUUCUUUUCCUUAUAAUUAUUGUGAUAUUAGUAAUUUUUUAUAUAUUCAGAAACACAGCAAUUGUAAAAGCAAAUAACAAAAAUCUCAGCUUUAUCCUUUUGGUCUUCAUCAUGCUGAGCUUCCUUUGUGUGUUUCUGUUCAUCGGGCACCCUGUGGAUGUAACCUGCAUGCUGCGUCAAUCUACUUUUGCCAUCAUCUUCUCAGUGGAGAUCUCUUGUGUUUUGGGAAAGACUGUUAUGAUCUACAUGGCUUUCAAAGCUUCUAAACCUGGUAGUACUUGGGGAAAGUGGGUCUCUGCAAAAGCGGCCAAUUGUGUAGUCUUGAUUCUCUCAACAGUUCAAAUUAUACUUAAUAUAACAUGGUUAACAGUUUCUCCACCUUUUCAGGAACUGGACGCUUACUCUUACCAAGGAAAAAUCAUCAUUCAAUGUAAUGAAGGGUCGGUUAUAUUUUUUUAUUCUGUCCUGGGUUAUAUGGGAUUCCUGGCAGCUGUUAGUUUUAUUAUAGCUUUCUUAGCCAGGAAAUUACCAGAUAUUUUUAAUGAAGCCAAAUACAUCACCUUCAGCAUGCUGGUAUUCUGCAGUGUUUGGAUUGCAGUGAUCCCAGCCUAUCUGAGCACCAAAGGGAAAUACAUGGUGGCUGUAGAGAUAUUUGCCAUAUUGACCUCAAGUGCUGGACUUUUAUUUUGUUUAUAUCUCCCCAAAUGCUACAUCAUCUUAUUGAAACCUGAAAUGAAUAAAAAGACAUACUUGCUUGCAAGUAAAAAUAAAAAUAUAUCAUUUAAAUAAUAUCAUCAUAUUAUAUUUUUUGUGCAGUAAUAGGAUGUUAUAUGUCUUCAGGCAACUGGUUACGAUAUAAACUAUAAAAAAAAUAAAAAUAGUAUUUUUAGCAACAAUUGAGAAUAUUAGUAUUUCUUUAUCUUCACUGUUUAUACAUUGACAGGAAGUUUAAUUACAU